ACUACUUAAAGAGUUGAGCAAACGCCCUCUUCCAUUCACUUGCUGCUUCAAAGCUCCGUGAAGAGGUCGCGGCACCGCUGUUACUAAAAGCCGAUUACUGCGUUGUUGCACGCACCUUGCCUUUGGAAACGUUAGUGCCAAGUGUUGCCGGAAGAAUUUACAAGUAUCUCGAGUUGCUGUUGUAAGAACUGUAGUAAAACCGAAGACGGUAAGACAUAACUUAUGGGUUGUGGUGCAAGUAGUUCCGCACAGACAGCGCCGGCAGCGAAACCUCAGGCUCGGAACAACAUGGCCCCCUCCGCGCCACCCAAGGUGAAACUCACUUACUUCGACUUCCGAGGCCGGGCCGAGCCCAUCAGACUGCUCCUGGAGGCAGGCGGAGUCAAGUACGAGUUCAACGGCAUCUCACAGGAGGAGUGGAAAAACCUCAAACCAAUGGCCAUCACAGGAGGCCUGCCCAUCCUGGAGAUUAACGACAAGCCGCUGGGAGAGAGUCUGGCCAUCGGCAGGUUCGUGGCGAGGAAGAACGAUAUGACGGGUGCGGAUGACUUCGACGCCGCCUGCUGUGACAUGAUAGUGGACAAUGUGAACGAGAUCUUCUUCAGCAAGAUGGCCCCCGUCAUGUUCAUGCCCGAAGAAGAGAGGCCCGCGGCCCUGAAAAAACUGGUGGAGGAAUACAUGCCGGCUAAGUUCGCCAUUCUACAGAAGUUUGCCGACAAGAACAACAACGGCCAUUUCGUCGGAAACAAGCUGACGUGGGCAGACGUCUACUUCUUCUCCAUCUUUGACCUGAUGAAGGCGCACCUGCCGGAAGAGGCGUUUGAGAUGAUCAAGGGCAAGUUCGUCGCCCCCUGCCCGUCCUUCCAGAAGAUCAUCCACACGGUGAAGAGUAACCCAGGCAUUGCCGCGUACCUGAAGAACAGAGAACCUCCGGUCACGGACGCGUAGUCACGGCUCCAGCCCCUCCCCCUUAUCACGUAUCAAAACUUAUCUCCCCAUAUAAACAUGUUGUAUACGGUUGGACCUUUUUGAUGUGUAACCUCUUAAAAGCACGACUGAGUCGUGGGUUCGGGGACGUGAUAUUGAUAACGCACACAAAGAAAGGGGAAAUCGAGAUUAAAUCUAUUGUAUAUAUUUGUUGAAAUAGGCACGUUAUUUUUUCACGACGUUAGCGGUUGUGCUUUCUAGAAGAAUGUGUGUCAUCAAUUUCAUAAUUUUGAUCUGUGUACUGAAGUGUUUUUGUAUGACAGAGUCACAAAUCGUUGUAAUGUUAACGUUUUGUAUUUUUAAAACUUUCUUUUAUUCUUUUAAAACAAGAGCAUACGAAGGUAGAUAUUUAAAAAAACAAUACACGUACUAGUACAAACUUGAUGGUAGAUUGCCCAUUGAAUCUGACUCCAUCCGACAGUUCUAUAUAUUGUAUCAAUAUUGUCAUCUUAUAUCAUAGCUGGGCUUCUCCAAAGCGGGACUUGUGAUAUCGUCAGUCAUUGUAUGUUCUUUAUUUGUUGAUUUCACUCCUUCGAUUUCAUUUGUCACAAGGUUUUCUAUUAAUAAAAUCUGGAAUUUAAAACCUGA